AUGCCUGUACCUGUCCAAUCACAGAAUCAGCAACCCCAGCCCGAUUAUCCGGGUCAAUCAGUUGAUCGUGAGCAAGCAAACACAAACGGAGUUUCAGCUGCGCCAACAGCUUCGCUUCAAGAAAGCUCAUUGAUACACAGCAACGCAAAUUCUGAAACAGAGAGCGAGCAACCUCCAAAUCAGCCAAAAAAUAACUACAAUUUCCAAAAUUCAGGAGUUUCUUCUUUCGGCUUCAUGGGAGAACAACCAAAUCAACACCAUGCUUAUCCACGCUCAGCCGGUCAAGGUUUUGGAUACAACUCUUCAGGUAAUGACCAGACCGAAAGCCUUCAGCAACCCAAGCACCCUGGUCAAUCAGUUGGUCUUGAGCCAGUGACCACUGCCGAAUUUUCAACUGCGCCGUUGUCAACAACUCAAGAAAACUCUUUGACGUACAACAAUCCAAAUACUGAAAUACCGAGCGAACAAACAGAAAGCCAGCAGAAACAAAACUAUAAUUCCAAAAUCCAGGAGAAGCUACUUUCGGCUUCAUGGGAGAACAACCAAAUCAAAACCAUGCGUACCCACGCAAUACGAACAGUUCAGGCCAGUUAUGGAUACAGUACCGCAGGUAAUGACCGGACCGGAAAUGAUAUGUUCAUACCUGUUCCCGAAUCAUCGCCGAAUCAGGAGCUCAUGAACUCUGAUCAAUCAGCCGCUUUUGGGCAAGCGACCAUUACCGAAGUUUCAAUUGCGCCGUCAUCAACAAAUCAAGAAGACUCUUUGAUGUACAACGACCCAAAUACUGAAAAGCCGAGCGAACAAACAGAAAGCCAGCAGAAACAAAACUAUAAUUUCCAAAAUUCAGGAGACGCUACUUUCGGCUUCAUGGGAGGACAACCAAAUCAACACCAUGCGUACCCACGCAAUACGAACAGUUCAGGUUAUGGAUACAGUACCGCAGGUAAUGACCGGACGAGAAGUGAUAUGUUCAUACCUGUUCCCGAAUCAUCGCAGACUCAGGAGUCCAUGAACUCUGAUCAAUCAAUCGCUUUUGGGCCAGCGACCAUAACCGAAGUUUCAACUGCGCCAUCAUCAACAACCCAAGAAAACUCUUUGACAUACAACGACCCAAAUACUGAAAUGCCGAGCGAACAAAACAAAAACCAGCAGAAAAGAAACUAUAAUUUUCAAAAUCCAGGAUUCGCUACUUUUGGCUUCAUGGUAGAAGGACCAAAUCAACACCAUGCGUACCCACGCGAUGCGAACAGUUCAGGCCAGUAA